AUGUCUCGAUAUGCGGAAGCCCACGCCAAUCCCCAGGGUCCCGGAGACGCAAGGCCAACUGCAUUGCAGAUCAUUGAAGACGAAGGCGUCGGGGGCAAGCUAAGCGACAAGGUCAUUGUCAUCACUGGCACCUCGUCUGGCAUUGGGAUUGAGACAGUUCGUGCCCUCUCAGCUACUGGAGCCAGGCUUUUCCUGACUGCCCGUAAUCUUGCCAAAGCGAAGGAAGCGCUGUCCGGUAUCUUCGACCCGGUGCGCAUGGAGCUUGUCGAGAUGAAUCAAGAGUCCCUGCACAGUGUCCGUCUCGCCGCUGACAGCAUUUUGUCAAAAACGGAUAAGAUUCACAUCUUAGUCAACAAUGCCGGAAUCAUGGCUGUUCCCACUCUUCAACUUACUCAAGACGGUCACGAGCUCCACUUUGGCACCAACCAUUUAUCUCACUUCUUAUUCUUUGAGCUGUUGAAGCCAGCACUGCUGGCGGCUGCUUCGCCAGAUUUCCACAGCCGUGUUGUGGUUGUGUCGUCGACCGCUCACCUCAGGAACGGGAUCAAUGCCUCGGAUGACUACAAUUUCGAAAAGAGCGAGUAUUCUCCCUGGGGAGGCUAUGCAAAAUCCAAAACCGCCAACAUCUACAUGGCCAACGAGCUGGAGCGGCGAUACGGUUCACAGGGCCUUCACGGGAUCAGCUUGCAUCCUGGCGGAAUCAUGACCCCUCUCGCAAAGCAUCUUCCAGCAGCCGAGUUAGUGAGCAGUGGCGAUGGCGGGGAGCUCUACAAGGAAUUCAAAAGCCCCGAGCAAGGAGCUGCGACCACAGUCUGGGCUGCCGUCGGAAAGCAAUUGGAAGGCCGCGGCGGAAUCUAUCUUGCCGAGUGCGCAGAGGCUGAACCCUCAAAGGACGAGCAAAGUCAGUUUGGUUCGGGUUAUGCUAAGCAUGCGUUCGAUCAAGAGAGUGAGGGUCGACUAUGGAAAGAUUCCCUCAGACUGGUCGGGUUGGCUAGCAAUCAUGUGGAAUAG